CCAGGGAUCGGCAAGUUUACUGUUAAAAGACCAGCAGGGCGACGGAGCGGAGCGUAGCCGACCCCGAGAGCGGAGCAGAGUUUGCCGAAUACAUGAGACGGUGUGUCCCGGCGUCGGAAACCAUCACCCAGCAUUCUGGAAUUUACGUCCGCGUCCAGACGAGUGGCUGCAAGUUGAAUCUGUCCCUCGGCCUUUCUGUGAGAGGAACGAUCCAGACGCGACAGUAACAGGAGCGGCCGGCUGCAGGUUAGCUGAAGAUGUCUGAUAAUGGGGAGGUCGAGGACAAGCCCCCAGCUCCACCCAUGAGGAACACCAGCACCAUGAUUGGCUCCUGCAACAAGGACCCCGCCCCCGUCAACCACGGCUCCAAGCCCCUCCCACCAAACCCGGAGGACAAGAAGAAGAAAGAUCGCUCGAUCCGAUUCAUCUUGACCGGAGGAGGCGACAAGACCUAUAAGAAAAAGGAGCGUCCGGAGAUUUCUCUGCCGUCUGAUUUUGAACACACCAUCCAUGUCGGCUUUGAUGCUGUUACCGGGGAGUUUACCGGCAUGCCGGAGCAAUGGGCCCGGCUCCUGCAGACGUCCAACAUCACCAAGCUGGAGCAGAAGAAGAAUCCUCAGGCCGUCCUCGACGUUUUGAAGUUCUACGACUCCAAAGAAACGGCCAACAGCCAGAAGUACAUGAGCUUCACAGAUAAAAAUGCAGAUGCCUACAGCUCCUCCACCACAACGAGCGCCAAGGCUGUGUCGGAGACACCCGCCAUAGCGACCGUAUCCGAGGACGAGGACGAGGACGAAGCUGAGCCGCCGCCAGUGAUUGCCCCCCGACCAGAACACACCAAAUCAAUAUACACUCGCUCAGUGAUCGAGCCCCUCCCUCCUCCUCCGACCAAAGAUGCUGCGACCUCCCCCAUCUCCCCGCCGACCGCUGCCGCGGCCGCCGUCACCCCCGCCCCCCCUACAGAAGGAGCUCCCAGUAGCCCUCCCAGUGCAAGCCCCGCCCCCGGGCCUUCCCUGCCCCGCCCCCAGGACAAAGCCAGGAAGAAGAAGAUGUCGGACGAGGAGAUCCUGGAGAAACUACGUAAGGCUCAUUCAUGUACUCGGAUACGGGAAAAGCUUUUAAAAUCUGGACUGUUUUUAAAAGGGACGAUCGUAAGUGUUGGAGAUCCCAAGAAGAAAUACACACGCUUUGAGAAGAUCGGACAGGGGGCAUCUGGGACGGUGUACACGGCUAUCGACAUCGCUACAGGACAGGAGGUUGCCAUUAAGCAGAUGAACCUGCAGCAGCAGCCGAAGAAAGAGCUGAUCAUCAAUGAGAUUUUGGUGAUGAGGGAAAACAAGAACCCAAACAUAGUCAACUACCUGGACAGCUACCUGGUGGGUGACGAGCUGUGGGUGGUGAUGGAGUACCUGGCCGGAGGUUCGUUGACUGACGUCGUCACGGAAACCUGCAUGGACGAAGCCCAGAUAGCUGCUGUGUGCAGAGAGUGUCUGCAGGCGCUGGAGUUCCUCCACUCGAACCAGGUCAUCCACAGAGACAUCAAGAGCGACAACAUCCUGCUGGGCAUGGACGGCUCCGUCAAACUCACUGACUUUGGGUUCUGCGCCCAGAUCACUCCAGAGCAGAGCAAGCGCAGCACCAUGGUCGGGACUCCGUACUGGAUGGCUCCUGAGGUCGUGACCCGUAAAGCCUACGGUCCCAAAGUGGACAUCUGGUCCCUGGGCAUCAUGGCCAUCGAGAUGGUGGAGGGGGAGCCGCCGUACCUGAAUGAAAAUCCACUCAGGGCGCUGUAUCUCAUAGCAACCAAUGGGACGCCAGAGCUGCAGAACCCGGACAAGCUGUCGACGAUAUUCCGAGACUUCCUGAACCGAUGUCUGGAGAUGGACGUGGAGAAGAGAGGGUCGGCUAAAGAACUACUGCAGCAUCAGUUUCUGAAGAUGGCGAAGCCUCUCUCCAGUCUGACUCCUCUUAUUCUGGCGGCCAAGGAGGCGGCCAAGAACAACCGCUAGCUAGCCUUGCACUCAUUAUCUUGCCUACCCCCCCCUCCUCUCUCUACCAUCCCUCCUUCCUCGCUAUUCUUUCUUCUCCUUUUCUUUUUUCGGGAGAGGGCGAUGGCUGCUGGCUUGGUUACAUAACCAGUCUUUCUCUCCUGUCUUUUUCUUUUUUUUUUGGUCUUUUGCAACCUGCAACAACUGCUCCUUUACCCUGUGACCUGUGACCCCAAGCUUGACCUCCCCCAACCCC